CAACAAAUCAUCACAAUGAAGUAAUGUUGUGAAGAAGAAGAGGUGUGAAACAGUAGAUCUUCACUAGUAGUUACAGAGACCUAAACAACCAAUGCCAUGUUUGCAACUGCAUACCUUGCUUUUGUGGCCCUGGUGGUCCUGUGUGCAGGUCUGGAGCUCACAGCUCGCCGUGUCACUUCUCAUGAAUCCACUCAAGCACCUAUCGCCAACCCAGCUUUUCUCGGCUUUCAGAAGCUUUUCCUGAAAACCUACCUGCUGGCUCUGUGGGCGGACUGGCUUCAGGGGCCAUAUCUUUACAAGCUUUACCAGCAUUACAGCUUUCUGGAGUCCCAAAUUGCUAUCUUAUAUGUGUGCGGUCUGGCCUCUUGUGUGCUGUUUGCACCGGUGGCUGGAUGGCUAACGCAGACUCUAGGUCGGAGACAGACCUGCCUGCUUUUCUGUGUAUCUUACUCUGUGUGUUGCUUUACUAAGUUGUCGCAGGACUACUUUGUGCUCAUCCUAGGUCGUGUCCUUGGAGGUCUCUCUACUUCACUGCUCACAACAGCCUUCGAGGCCUGGUAUUUGCACUGCCAUGUUGAUGUGCAUGAUUUUCCCAAAGAAUGGAUCCCUGUGACAUUUGCAAAAGCUGCAGUCUGGAAUCAUGGACUUGCGGUAGCUGCUGGCCUUGUGGCAAACCUGUUUGCAGAAUGGCUCCAGAUGGGACCUGUUGCCCCUUUCCUUUUUGCCAUCCCUAGUCUGGCUGCCUGUGGAUGGAUGGUGAUUACUGAAUGGGGAAACGAGGAAAAACUGGAAAGGGUUGGCCAAAAAGACAGAAAUGGUGCCCUUCUCAGCCAACCAAGCACUCCACAGACUCGCUUCCGACGAAGCUGUUUGGAAGGUGUGCGUUUUUUGCUUUCGGAGCGUCGCGUGGUACUCUUGGGCAGUGUUCAGGCACUCUUUGAGAGUGUCCUCUAUGUCUUUGUAUUCCUGUGGACGCCUGUGCUUGAGCCGCACGGCCCACCGCUCGGUAUUGUCUUCUCCUGCCUCAUGGCAGCCAGCAUGGCAGGCUCAGCACUCUUCCGGCUGGCAACAUCAGCACCCUACCGGCUUCAGCCGGCCCACCUGCUAGGCUUAGCUACACUGCUUGCCUUUUUCUCCUUCUUCAUGCUGACAUUUUCAACAGUACCAGGUCAACCCAAGCCCAGAGAAUCGUUCCUGGCCUUCCUGCUGCUUGAGCUUGCCUGUGGCUUUUACUUCCCUGCUGUGAGCUUCCUCCAGGGCCGUGUCAUCCCAGUGGAGCGGAGAGGUGCAGUUUUGGCCUGUUUUCGUCUGCCACUCUACCUGCUGGCAUGUCUAUGUCUGCUGGCUCUUCAUGGAGAAGUGUCAGGUGCUGGUGCAGGUGAAACAGGUAGCGGCACCAGGCACAUGUUUGUAGGGUGCACUGGAAUGAUGCUGGCAGCCUUACUGGCUGCUGUAAGCUUUUUUACCUUAGGAAGGAACGAUGCGGAUUUGCGACUUGAGGGGACCAGAGGAGAGGGUGAGAUUUAAACAGACAGAAAAGAAACUACUACUUUAAGAUGACUAUUUGUAAUUGACCAAGCAAAUUACCACAGCUGUUAACAAGUGACUACUUAAAGUUUAUAAAACAUUUGCUGUUCUGAACCGCACAGCAUCUGCCAGAAAGUGUUGCUGUUACUGCAGUGCUAUUGCUUUUCUUACAUAAGUACACUUUCUAUGUAAAAUACAGUUUCCUUGUAAACAUGUCAGUAAACUCAGUAUUUAUUGUUUCUGUUCUGUUCAAUAUUUUGAAGGUUAGGGCUGCUUUGUUAAUUUUGGAGAGGCUGAUUAUAUUUUGACCAACACAUGUACUUCUUUCAAACAUUUCCUUAGGUUUGCUGGUUUAAAAAAAAACAUAAAACAUUUAGGCUAUAGUUUCAGACUUAUUACUGUCUGUUAUAGCCUACAAGGUAUUCAGUUAAGAUGAAAGGUUUUUGUUUACGUGUACACUUGUAAGGGCCUGAAUGAUUAGAACAAAUACUUCUGUGUCCAAUUUUUUUCUACAUAAAUUUGAGUUUGUUAAUUUCUAGUGGGUUUUCUGAAAGUAUACAUUCAUUAAGAACUUAAAUCCUUAAUCAGGUGGUGUAGGAAUGUCUGUCUUUUAACUUUUAGCUUUGCCGUUUAACCUUUUUUGGCAAAUUUGACAUUGGCUUGGGCUUAAAGGCUGCCAUGUAAGAAAGGAAGACACACUUGUGUGCCAUAUUAAAUCACUCACAAGAAGAAUCAUAGAAAUUAUUACAAUUAUUGUAUAAUAAGUGUCAUGACAUACAAGUCCCUUUUAAGUGUACAUAAUAUUUUGACUUUGGUUGUAGCCAGAGGUAUGAUAGGGGUUCUGUGUGGUGGUACAUUUUUAUCUGAACUUGAUUCCUUUGGGUGAUUAAAUAAGGUUCUGCAGUAAAAUUUUUAUUUACAUUAACAUAAUCCGAGCCAAAUUAUGUGCAUGAGAGGAUUUAGACCUAGUCCACACUAACACAGAUACUGGAUAUUUAAUCAGUUCUGUAUGUUUAGUGUGAUUCCUUUGUUCAAAUAUUUAUAUUUAUUAAUGCUGACUUGGAAAAAAGGUUUUUUUCUGUUUUUCUACUUUACCACAAUAUUUCUAUUCAUAUUGCAAGCCCAUUAAUCAAAAUCUGUUAGUAGAAAAGACUCAGCAAGUGAAGUUCUCUGUUAGGCAUUUCAUUUAUUGUAACUGAUGGCAAUUAAAGAAAUAAUGACUUAUAAAUAAACAUCGUAAAAAGCACCAAAAAUGCAUAUCUUAUAAAUAUAAAAAUAAAUAAAUAAACAACACAUCUGUUGUGGACCAUCAUGGUCACAGUCAUGUUCAGUAAAUACUUCUGAAUAUUCUCUGUGGUACAUACAUUGCUCAUUAAAAUGUACUUCAUGACAUGAAA